CGUCGCGCGACCGUCAGUUGUUCCGCACGCGGCGUUGUGAGUGCGUCGGGUAGUGCGUCGCGACGCUCGAUGUGCGAACUGUGAUGACUGUAUUACUAUUAUGAGUGGAAAUUGCAAAAUGGACGAGGGUGGCGGUCGCCGCUGCUCGACCGCCAUCUUCUGCGGUCGCACGGGCCUCCUGGUGCUGAUGACAGGAUACGCGUUCGUGGGGGCCCUCCUCUUCAAGACUCUCGAAGGUGGUAACGACGGUGAUGUCCCAACCCACGUCCAACGAAGCCGCGAAGACUGUCUUCGUGAAUUAUGGCUCAUCACAGAACGUUUGAAUGUUUUGUACGAGAAAAACUGGACGCGAUUGGUAACCGAGCAAUUGAAGAGAUUUGAAAGGGCCGUCGUCGAAGCCGGCAAAGCAGAUGGAGCGGCUAAUCCAGAAGCGCCUCAUUGGACCUUCGGCGGAGCCCUUUUGUAUUCUCUCACGCUGCUCACGACAGUCGGGUAUGGUCGUUUGUCGCCCAGGACCGCACUGGGUAAAAUCGUGGCCGUGGUCUACGCCCUAAUCGGCGUCCCUUUAAUGUUGAUCCUCCUCUCGGCCUUGGGGGCAAUGCUCGCUUCGGGGGCUAAAAAGGCCUACUCAAAAAUCUGCUGCCACCACGACACCGGCCGAAAAAGCCCCUCCGUGGGCUACCACAAGGCGCCUUCCAGUCCUUCAGCCAAACUAUAUUGCAAAACACACGAAGAUUCGGCUUCAAUUCAGAUCGCAUCUUCGCACAGUACCCCCAACCACGUGUGUAAAAGCAGUUACCAGCAUGUAGAACACGGGGAAAUCCCCAAAAGGGCCAUUUUGGCAACAGUACGGUCAAGUCAUUCGAGGGGGCGCUGCAGACAAACUCAAGUGAGACAAAUGUUGACGGACUCCACGGUUUGUCCCACGCAUGGGGGGCAUGGGACCCCGACGAAGAGCUCCCUCAUUGUGGGGGCGACGUCGGAUGUCGACGACGCCGACGAGGGCGACGACAGCGAACACGUGACGUGCAUCCACGACACGCCGUCGCGCGUGCCGCUGAUCUGGCGGCCCGAGUCGCCGCCCCCGUCGCCCCCGCCACCAUCAGUGCCUGCCAGCCUCGUUUUGGUUGUAUUUUUUUCGUACGUGUGCAUGGGGGCUGCCGCUUUCGCCUCCGCCAGCGGCUGGAACUUCCUCGACGCCACUUACUUCUGCUUCAUCGCCCUCUCCACCAUCGGCAUCGGCGACAAAUUGCCCCAAAGUGGGGACACUCACUCGCAAUUGCAACUCCUCGCGUGCUGUUUAUACCUGUUUCUGGGACUCGUCGUCGUCGCGAUGUGCUUCAGUCUAGUGCACGAAGAGAUCUCGACCAAGUGCAAACAUAUCGCCAAUAACAUGGGGCUGUUGAGACACUAGUGACAACUUUUUUACCUUGUAGUGAAUAAAGGAGUUGACUAUGUUG